UACUGUGUACGGUGUGCCGUGACUUUGUCCGCCGCAGAAAGUGGUUAAUUUUGGUUAAAAUAGCUCAAGUGUUGGCUCAAUUUUGUGUAAUUCAUCAGAUAUGAGCUCUCCCGAUGAACCUGGCCCUUCAAAUGGACGUAAGUCCCGAUCGAAGCGGCGGGAUAAGUCCGUGUCCCGAAGCAGUAAUUCCAGUAGUGGGUCAAACUUUGGUCGACAUAGUAGUAACGUCGUCAACGGGGGAAGCUUGAGAGACCGAUUGCUGGUGGCUAACGCCAUGGCCACUGAUGAAACAAACAGCAUGGUAAAUGGAAACGAUAAAAACCAGAGAAAGAAGAAGAAGAAGAAGUCAAGUCGACGCAAGUCACAGACAGGAUUGAAGGGAUAUUCCGGAAGAAAUCCUUCCCUCUCGUAUUUACAGAACGAAAUCUCCGAUGACUCCGAUGAAGAUACGCGGUCGCCAGCUGAAAUCAGGGCGCUUUGCACGAGUGGUCUGAGGGUAUUCCCCCGUGAACAACAGACAGAAUCAACGGCAGACUCAGCAGUACAGGCCGCUGCUGCUGCUGCUACUACUCCUGAUGCUCCGGCUGAUCCGGCUAGCCCGGACACGGACACUCCGACUUCUUCACAGAUGUCAUCAUCACCAUCACCAUUCUCCCGCACGGAGCAGACGAAGACAACUAUCCAACUCCCGACCGCAACAGAACCAUCCCAUCCUUCCAUCCAACUAACAACAACAACUACCACUCCGAACACUGGAAUUUCAACUAGCACCAUCCCAGCAACGUCCUCCUGUACUAAUUUAAUGACUCCAGUAUCGUCCGCAUCACCAGUAACAACCCUUCAGUCUCCGACAACUCCUCCCAGCCCAACAUUUUCACCGACGGCAUCAGCCAACAACAACAACAGUAACCACUCUUCAGAGAACAUCUCAAACCACUCUUCUGUGGCUUCAAUCACAAGCGAACCAGAACCAGAAUCGCGAACAACAACUACAGCAACUGCAAGUCAGCAAACAGCAACAGAUUUAGACAAGAAGGAUGAGGUGAUGAUUCCUGUCACUGAUUCCAGCCAAUUGUCCCGAAAACGCCCAAAGUCGAGAAUGGGAAUUAAGACAAACGACAACAACGUGGAAAACAAGGCGAAGGUGUCAGCUGCGUCGAUUCCUCCUUCAAAGAAAAAGAAGAAGAAUCAGACUCCUUGUGUUUUCAUACCCAGAAAAUUAAUUUGUGGUGAUGAUCCGUUGCCCGAUCCAUUGCCAGAGGUGGCCCCUCGACGCAAAAGUAUUUACUCGGAUGCGGCCAAGAAGCCGAAGCCAAAUUUGUCCGACGAGCUCUAUCGUCUGCCGUUUAAAUUUGGCUGGAAGCGUGAGGUGGUGACUCCCAGCCCACUGUCCAACACUUCGAAUCACACAAUCUACACAUCGCCCUGCGGCAAGAGGUGCCGACAAAUCAGUGAGAUUGUACCAUUGCUGACGAAUGAACUCACCAUCGAGCACUUUAUCUUUGGGACGCAUCUCCUGGGUGCCGGAUCCGAGUUCGAGACGAGCCGUCAGGCCUUGAGCAGGGAGAUGCACUAUGCCGCUUUAAAGGAGCGCCGCAAAUCGCUGGCGGCCGACAAAUCGACAGCGUCGGCCACAAUUAAGGUGGAGCGCAAACGUCGUCAAACGAUGGGAGCCGAAUCCUAUCCGAAGGAGGCAUCUGCCUCUGCGCCAUUUGGCAAACGUCGCAAAUCCAUCAAUCCAGCGGAAUCGGUCACCGAACCCAGUAAGCCGAUGGCAGUCGAAUCCACGAAACCUCUGGCAGGCGAAGUGGCGGCUCUUGUAACAGGCAAACGCGUACCCAAGCCGAAGGUGCCAAAGGGCGCCAGCCCUCCCACUGAGGGUUGGACCUCCACCAUGGCCGUCAAGGGAAAUGCGCGUCUCCUGGCUGCCGCCAGCAAUGGCAACGCCAGAACUGCUGGAUCUUCGAAUGCAAGCGGCAGCUCAAAUGCCGCCCCGGUGAGCCAUGCCAAGCGCGCCACCUGUGGAUCCUGCCUAAAGCUAAUCAAGGGUAGCGUUUGCCAGAGCUGCGUGCGGUCGUCGGCGAGGGAGGAGGGACCAAAUGCUGGCCGCAUAAUGGAUGAAUAUGAAGAACUGGAGGAGGACGAGGAGGAAAGCGAGGAGAGCUACCAGGCGGGCACUGUGAGCAAUGGGCUAAAAGUCACAAAAAUGAUCGAGCCGCCCGGCGAGAUGCCACCAGCGGAGCUAUUCAGCACAGACAAAUCCCCAGUGACAACGCCAACUGAUUUAUACAUGCCCCAGGAGGUUGUGGUCAUCGGUGGGCGUAAGGCGAUUUCCAUCGUUGGAGAACCAACGACCACAAGUCAACCAAAAGUUAUUGUGCCAAAUCCACCAGACUUGAGCAGCUACGAAGAAUUCUACGGCAAACGCAUUGCUGCACCCAAGCAAUUGGCUUCACCCACUAGCCUGUGGGGAGCAGCGCUCGGAGAAGGCUUCAAUUGUCAUUUUUUGCUCAGCCUCAUGAAGACACUCAAUCAGCAGGAUCGUGUCAAUUGCUCGAAUGUGUGCAAGUUGUGGAACUUGGUCUCGCGUGAUUCUGAUGUAUGGAAAUCAGUAUCUCUGCGCGAUACAAAGGUCAACAAUUGGCCAGCUUUGGUGCGCGAGAUGGCACGCAACUGCACACGUGAACUGGACAUGAUGGGUGCGAUUAUACCCAAUACUGGGACCCUCAUCGCCGGUGACAUGCGUGUGCUAACAGAUAUGCGCACGGUGCGUACCAAUCAUACGAAAGCCGACUUUCUGCACCAGAUAUUCAGUGGCUUGCCCCAACUUGAGAAGCUGAUCGGCACAUGCGUCAGCUCGGGCCUCAUCAUGACCGACAUUGAUAAGAUGGAGAACCUGAACGAGCUGCGCAUUCGAAUGACCGAUACCAAGGCAUCGAUCACCGGUCUGCCCCACGUGGGCAAGCUGACGCAUCUGCGUGUCCUGAGUCUGCGCGGCGUCAAGAAUUUGGGUAACUUGCUGUUUCUAAAGGAGUUGCCCAAUCUGGAGACUCUGAACCUGGGCUACUGCCAGAGCAUGCACCGUCUACAACUGGGCAACGAGGUGCUGCCGACACUCACAAAAUUGCAGAGAUUCCGCUUAGAAACAGACCCGCGUAAGAAGACCUCGUUCCCAAUCGACGAGAUCAUGAAGGGACUCGCCCAUGCUGGUGGCGUGCGUCGCCUGGAGCUGGUCAACGUGGAUGUGGACUGUAAAUUUAGCCAAUUGCUGUCCAACUGCAAUACGGUGGAGGAGCUGCUGCUGAUACCCAAAUGUCAGACCAACACGGCCGUCAUGAUCCGCUCCGUAAUGGGAAUCAGUCGUAAUGGAUCUCAGUUAAAGCAAUUUAAGCUUGUGCUUAUCACCCAGCUGCUUACCGCAACGGGCGCCAUGUUGCGCAACCCCGAUGUGCCCAUGGUACCCGUAAUCCGUCCUAUACCCGGUAUUCUGCUCGGCGAUCGCUUGAACAGCUGCUCCAAGGAAUGUCAAGAGCAGCAGCAUGACAGGUGUGUGGCUGGAUUGCCCUUUGAGCGCCUAAAGAUCAUAAUGUCGGAGUUGAUGCCGAAUUCCUCACCGUCGGUGGUCACCAUGGCCAUGAUGGACACACCCACAAUCCAACUUGGGCGUCUGCCACCCGAUGCUACGCCCCCAAACUUUUGAAACACACAAAAACCCACACUACCCCUACCCCUACCCCCACCAACCAAACCAACUGAAUGCACCUGUAAAAGAGAAAGUCAAGACUGAGUCUUCGAGAGCGAUCACAAAAAUUUUAAUUCACGGACUAACACAAAUUAAAACACUAGGACAAGAAGAAGAAGAAGUAUUACGGUCGGCUCUAUUUUAUGUUUUCGUAUUUCAUGUGACGUAGCUGCAAAGUGGCUAUCAAUGGAAAUUAUCUAUUAAUUAUCUAAUAUUAAUUUGACUUAUGCAUUAUCCUAACUACUGUUAACUACAUUUAACUUAGGCGCGUUUUAAACGCUGCACCAACGUGAAGAGUCAACUGAUGACCACACAACAAAACACACAACACACACCGAAGAAAGAAAGAAGGAAAGAUCUGAACUCGUAUUCGUUUAGUUUCUAAUUAUCUGAAUGUGUAGAUUCAUAUGUAUAAGUAUUACAUACUGUUUCAAUGUAAUGCAUCGACUUAAUGUGUAUAUAGUACUCGUACUCGUACUAACAAUACAACUACACUAAGAGAGUUGUUUGCCCAAAGCCAGCCAACUGAAUAGAUAUUAUUUUUGUUUUUUUUUUUUUUUCAUUUAAACAAAAAUCAUUAUCAAUAUUAGCGCAUCAAUAGGUAGCUCUUGAGAGCAUCUUGAAUUGAUGGCGAAUUAUAUUUAAGUUCACUGAACUGAAAGAUAAUCAAAAAAAGGGCUUGGGCAUUCCAAAGGAAACCUAAGCCAAACUGUGGAAGAGUUGUUUAGUUUCACUAGGCCCGAGGCAAACAAUAAACUAUUCUCGUGUAUAGCUAUUGAUUUUGUAGUGUAAAUAUUAUCAAGGCAAGCAUUUUCACAGCCCACAGUCCCACUCUGGAAAAUGAGUUUGUUUUGUGUACUGUGGAGGACUGACUGGGGCUGGCCUUUGUGUAUAUUACUAUUAAAAUCUGUGUGACUUUCUCCAAA